AUGGACAAGCAGUCUCGUUUAAAUUAGGAACAGAUUCUGAAAUGUAUUCGAAAUCAUCGAGAUUUGAACGAAAUCUUGACAAAAUAAAAAGAUCACAGUUCUCAGGAAUUAUUUGAUGACAUUGACAAGGCGACGAUGAACUAAUCUAAUGAAAGUAAACAAAGUUAAGAGAGCAAAUCUUACAGUGAUAAAAUAGACAGGGCCAUAUAAAUGUUUACAGGUAAUGUCAUUAAACAUGAAAUAUCAAUAGAACCCAAAGUAAUAUUGUAUGCAAAAGAAGAUAAUUUGUCAUCGGACUAAAUGAUGGAGCAGAUUUCUGAGGUUUUCAAGAAUAAAUCGUUUGACUAAAAAGUGGGUUCAAAUCUAUCAACAGAAAUUUCAAAUGAGCCUUGUUUGCAAAUGGGAUCCUCUUGUCAAUCAUUGUUAACAAGUGGUUCUGAAACUGAAAGAAGGAAGAGGAAAACCAUAUCAGAAGAAGAAUCCCAUUAUUUUGUUGUGAGACUUGACAAAGUAAUGAAUUAAACGGACGAAAGAACCACAAUAAUGAUAAAAAAUAUUCCUAAUAAAUAUACAGUGCAAAUGCUUUAAGAUUUAAUUGAUCAUAGUCACAGGAAUUAUUAUGACUUUUUAUAUCUUCCAAUAGACUUUAAGGUAUUUAAUAAGAUUAGUAUCCACAUAGAAUAAGUGCAACAUGGGUUAUGCAUUUAUAAACUUUGUGCAUCCUUUUUACAUAAUUUAAUUUUACAAAGAUUUUCAUGAUAAUGGAUGGCCUCAUUUCAACAGCGAGAAGGUAGAGUUCCCAAUUAUAGAUUAUAGAUCUGCGAAUUAAGAUAUGCCAGAAUUUAGGGACGUUAAGCGUUGGUUUAGCAUUUUUAAUUUUCAAGUGUGAUGAACUAAAAGGUUCUUAUCCCAUUAAUUAUUUAAGGACAAGAAACUCAAACCAGUAAUAGUGCCCCAAAGUGAAUUAUCAAGAAUUCACCAAUUAAUUUAAGUAAGUCACUAAACUAUCUUUUAAGCGUUAAAAAUAAUGA